GAUGAUGAUGAUAAUGUUUUGAGUGAUGAUGAUGAUGAUUUGGAUGAUGAUUUGGAUGAUGAUGAUAAUGACGAUGAAAAUGAUAAUGAUGAUUUGGAUGAUGAUGAUGAUGAGGAUUUGGAUGAUGAUGAUAUGGAUGAUCAUGAUGAUGAUGAUGAUGAUGUUGAUUAUUUGGAUGAUGAUAAUGAUGAUUCGGAUGAUCAUGAUUUGGAUGAUGAUGAUUUGGAUGAUGAGGAUGAUGAUCUAGAUGAAGAUGAAUUGGACGAUGUAGAUGAUGAUGAUGAAUUGGACGAUGAUGAUGAUGAAGAUUUCGAUGAUGAUGAUAUUGAUGAUGAAGAUGAUAAUGAUGAUGUUGAUGAUUAUUUUGAUGAUGAUGAUGUUCAUGAUUUAGAUGAUUAUAAUGAUGAUUUAGAUGAUGAUGGUGAUGAUGAUGAUGACUAG